AAUAAUUUGUCGUAUAUUUAUUUAUUACGACGGGUUACGCCUCAUUAUUAAAAGUACAUUAUUUUGUAAAAAUAUAUUGAUUAUAAACCUAUAAAAUAACUAGCUGAUCCCGUGCACUUCGUUAUACCCGUUAAAUGUACAAACUGUAUAUGACUCAAACUUUGUUCAAUGCGUUAUUUAAUAUUCGGUGUAUGAUGUUCUAGAUUUAUCCUAACUUUUCUGUUACCCGGAAUAAAAAUUCUGAUUCGCAGCAGUAUAUUAUCAGGUAGGCAAUCUACCUGCGGUAGAUCGCGGACCCCGUGCUGUUUGUACAUAAGUGUAUGAUUUAACUAUAAUGUAUCAAAGUUAUACCAAGUUUUUCGUUUUUACUUAAUUCUACCUACGGUGGAUUAAUAUAAUCAAUUAAUACAAAAUCCUAACCUAACCUAACCGUACUAAAAUCCGAUGAAUAAAAAAAAACCAAAUUUAAUCCUUUUUAAAUUAGCCUAUCUUCUUCCCAGAGGUCUAAUCUACACACAAACAUUCUUUUUUAUGUAUAUAUUUUGACAAAAAAUAACAAUACAAAUCAACAAACAUACCCUAUUAACUAAUAGCAACCAAUAUAUAAUACACUAUUAUUAUUUUUAUUUUUAUUUUUUUCUAGACAACCCUUAUCACUUAGGGGUAUGAAAAAUAGAUAGUAGCUGAUUCUCAGACCUACUGAAUAUGCAUAUAAAAUUUCAUAAAAGUCGGUCAAGCCGUUUCAGAGGAGUAUGGUGAUUUGUAUAGCUGUAGCUACUUUUUCUCGUUUCGAUUGCAAAACCGUUAUUCAUAAAUCCGAGGGUCAGGAUAAUGUCAUCGAAAACAUCCUUUCGUCACAAAACGAAACAACACAUGUUCUCGAGACUGACAAUCCAGCGAUUACCAAUGAUGGCAAAGUUAUUACACCACAGAAUAAGACAAUGGAAUUCCAAAAAAACGUCACGUCCUCCACCGUCCAGAAAAAUGAAUCAGCUGUUGUCGAACACGAUCAUUUAAGAACUGAUCGGAAACCUAAGACCCGUCAAGUGCCGGUAGACGUUCUAGAGACGUCUGGUUCCACCAUGGUGGACGACAUGAAUGCCGACCAAUCAUACUACCAAAGUCCUUUAAUGGUGUAUCCGUUUCCUAUGAUGAACACAUACUAUCCCAGAUACUUUCCGUAUACGUACCCAGGAUACCAGGGAUAUCCAUUCUUUGGAUAGUGAUUAAUGAUUAUAAAAACAACGGUAUACUAUUAUAUUUAAAAAUAAAAUUAAUAACUUUACUAUAAACACCUAUCAUGUAGAGUUUAUUCUUGUACUAACCGUGAGUAUACUUCGAUCAAACACUCUUGCGAUGUUGUCGGAAUCGACAAGUUCCACUUCAGUCACAUCGAUGCUAUUGUAAUUUGGCUUCAAAAUAUCUCCAAACUAAAAAUAUUCAUUUUUGUAAAAGCGAAUUUCACUUAGGUAUAUCUAAUCUAAUAAAUACAUUUUAUUUUGAAAUAUAUUAACGUAUUAAUUAUCAGAUUAUUUAUGUUUUAUAAGCAUUAAACAAAAAACUACAAAUGUUUACAUCAAAAUCAAUAACUCAUAUAUCAGAUAUAAAAUAAAUAAAAAAUUGUGUUAUAAAAAUGAUGAGGAUUUCAUAAGA